AUGUCCGAGUACCGAUUUUCCCUCAUAAUGAAGAAUUUACACUUCACCAACAAUGAGGAAUUUGACGAAGCCACACAUCCAGCGCCAAAACUGAAGAAGAUCUGGGAAGUAUUCCAAAUGAUCAUAACCAAUUUCCAGCAGGCCUAUGUGCCAGACAGAGACAUCAGCAUUGAUGAAAGUCUGAUGGCUUACAAAGGACGCCUCAGCUGGAUUCAAUACAUCGCAUCCAAGAGAGCGCGGUUUGGAAUAAAAUCCUAUAUGCUCUGCGAGUCUACAACUGGCUAUAUAUGGAAUUCCAUCAUAUACACCGGCAAAGGAACACAAUUCAACCCCAGGUACAGCGGCUAUGGGAUGGCAACGUCAUCAGUCCUUUCACUGCUUGAACCAUUGCUCAAUCAGGGGUAUUGUGUGACAACAGACAACUUUUACACGUCGCCUGAGCUGUACGAGUUUCUACUAAAAAACAAGACUGACGCAUAUGGAACCGUUAGGGCCAACCGACGUGGCCUGCCAUGUAUGUUUUCCAAGAAAAAACUGAAAACAGGAGAAAUGGUGGCCUGGCAGAAAGGAAAGAUGAUGGCAAUGCGUUGGCGUGACAAAAAAGACGUGUGCCUAAUGAGUACAGUACAUAACACCUCCACUACCACGGUCCACACAAGAGGUGGGAAAGAUGUCAUAAAGCCACAACUUGUGAUCGACUAUAAUAACACCAUGGGAGGAGUCGAUAGAGCCGAUCAGGCGAUGACAUUCUAUCCAGCUAUGCGGAAGCAACAAAAAAAAUACUACAAAAAAAUAUUCAGGCAUCUCCUGGAACAAUGUCUGUGGAAUGCCUAUAUACUGCACAGAGGAAAGAGUGACAAGCCUCUUGUUCACUCUGACUUCAUCUGGAAGGUGGCGGAGCAGAUUUUUGUGAACUACCAAACACCAUCAGUGGCCGUGAACAGAUCUGGACGUCGCGCUGUUGACGUUGUAAACCCAGAGAGGCUGACUGGUCGUCACUUUAUGGAUUACAUCCCGCCAAGCGCAAAAAAGGCAGCACCUACAAGGAUGUGUGUAGUUUGCUGCUCAAAGCGAGAUGGAAAUGGAAAAAAAAUCCGAAAGGAAACCAGGUUCCAUUGCCCUGAUUGUGACGUUGGUCUAUGUGCAGUCCCAUGUUUCAAAAUUUACCACACCCAGGAUGUUUACUGA